AUGAUGCAUUUGAUUCAGAAGAAAUGUCCGGGGUUCCCCCCCGGUUUCCAGCUCCCCUGUCGACUGAAGGCGAGACGUGGGCGGCUAUUCCGUCAUGAGUCGUGCACAAUGCUGUUCUCGGUUGCACUGUGCCUGACGGCUCUUGCGUCCUUCGUUCCUUUCGAGUGCUCUACACGUCGGAUGCGCACAGCAUGGGCGAACUCCGUUCUGGGUCUUGAGACGGAUCCUGAAAGGGGUGGUACGUACAGCGGUGCUACAGAACUAGACGGCGGUGCUACAGGAGUAAACGACACAUCUCUCGACAUGGUGCGUGAUACAAAUGCCGAAACACCAUUGGGAGAACGGAGCAAACGUCCAAGCGUCGCCGCGCGUCUUUCAAAGAUACAACUCUCCGGACAACGUCGUCGAAUAGUGGCUUCUGGAAUCCUUGCAAGCGUCGUGCUUGCUGUCCUCCUCGGCACCAUCUUUCUCAACUCGGGCAGAAAUUUGCGUAAAGCAACUACGCCAGCUUCAAGCGCGGCACUGCAGGUAAGCACCACCGGCUUGCAGAAGCGAGUCUGUUUUGCCGAUUCAGAAGGAGACAUGAUUGAAUCACUUUUCCGGAGGACCUCUUGUUCUUCUGUCCUUGGCGAUAUGAAGCGAGAGAGAUUUCGCCGGUUAGGGCUCGGCGAGAAUUGA